UGGUCGAUCAGACAAAUUAAAAUACACACAUGCUUUUGCUGUUCUAAUAUCGCAAUCGACAUAGAACGCGUUUGAUUCUGAAAUCGAAACAAGGACUUUCAAAAGGCUAGUUAAUGCCAAAACGAAUGGUAGCCUUUGAAAAGCGUCUUAUAAUUGCGCCGAUAUUGGAUUUCAGUGAGUACUUUUUUUGUACAAGGUACGCAACAAUUUGCCUGCGAGGUCGAACGUUUUUAGCACCCUGGCUGGCUGUCGUUUAAUCGUUGUUCAGUGAAACAAACAAAAAACAAUAUCUAUUUAUAACUGAAGCAGCAUCCCUGCAUCCUUGUUCUUGUGCUUAACCCGCUACAUUUGAUUCCUUAAAGGUUGUGUGAAAAAUAACUGCAGUUUUAAAUAAAUUCUGAAUUUUUUUACGUUGAACAAUACCUACAUCUGGUUUAAUACCAAAAAAGGAAAUACACAUAAUGAGUGCGAGUGGACGCGGGAAACUCACAACUUUAAUUUAAAAAGAAUAAUAACGAAGAUAAAAAAAAAGUGAUUGGUGAUUAAAAAUGAAUAGGGUUUAAACUGAAAACCUCGAGAAGAAAACAUUCAAAUUAAAUAAAAAGUUCGAAGAGAAAGAGGAAAAUAAAAAAAUACCAACCCAGUGGUGGACUGUAAAAUGCCAAAAACUUUUGUGCGGCUCAACGUACAAAAAUUGUAAAGUGCCCAAAGACGAGACGCGGAGAGAAGAGUUUUAAAAAGUCGAGAUUUUUAACUGAUAUCUACUCGAAAAUAAAAAUAAGAGUGGGCUUGUGAAACGGGAAUAAAAUGUCGAUGGUGCCGAUGUCGAUGGCCUCCGGAGUGGCCAAGCAGAUCCAGCAGGCGAAGCGUGAGAUGACCAUUGCCACCUCCAUGUCAUCUGGCACCAAUGAGAGCGCCGCCGGAGCAAAUAAUAACAAUAGUUUACUGACACUGGCGCCCCGCAAGGAGGAGUUGCGUUUUCUGCCCCUCGCAUCCAUGCCCACACCUGGAAAACCCUGCAGCAUCACCAUCAGCAAUGUCCAGGCCCACAACAUGUCCAACAAUCAUCAGAAUCAACUUCCGCCCGCUCUGAAGACUAAACUAACUCAAAUGAACAUUGUUCCGAAGCCCUUAAAGGGAUCAGGAGCUGUGGGCACUUCGACUUCAGCUCCUUUGUUUCAACUGCUGCCAGCCGCGAGCAAGCCCAGCCAGCAACCACUGGUCAUCUUGACGCCAUCGGGAAAAACAGCAACCGUGAUCGGAGCCACUGGCCAAACAAAUGUCAACUCCCAUCCAGUGGUGAUAAGACCUGGUCAGGCACAGAUUGGCAAAGCACAUUUUGCCAUCCAAGGCAAUGCCCUUUCACAAACAGUGGGUGGGGUAGCAGUAUCCUCCGGAGCAGUAAUUAAUCCUGGACCAACACCGACACCAACACCUUUAGUUGGAAAACCAGAGCUGGUCCAGAAAAGUGCCAUUGCAACUUCCGCUAGUGGCACUGCCACAACUUCCACAACGCUUCCCGUCCAGGUCGCCAAUCCUGGAGGAACCAAAAUAUCCCUAAUCAAGCAACGCUCCCCGCUCAUACUUAGUAAGGUGGCUGUGGACAAGCUGCGAUGGAAAUUUAAUCAGGCCAAGGGCAAUUCUGGAUCGGUUAUUAUUAGCAAGUCGGGCAGUGUGAAGAAGGUGCUACCCAUGCCGCCUGGUAGCGAGGAUAUAAUCAGGACAUCCCAAAAUAACAACAACAUCAACGGCAAGGCAGCUCCCAUUCCCAUUAAGGCAGUAUCCGUGGUGUCCGACAACAACAACAAGGGCACGGUAAAAACCAAGACAAUCAUAAAAGCUGUUCCCCUGCCGGUGAAAGAGGAGACUCCGCCUACGGCUCUACCUUCAGUUACAUUUCAGAAAGUUCUGCCUCAGACUGUAAAGGUUAUGCCUUUGGCUCCGGCCUCGACUCCGGCUCCGGCUCCUGCUGGUACAACUACGGUUACUACAAAUGCUAAGCCUCUGCCGCCAGCUCCCAUUCCUACGGUUUCGGCACCCACAGCUCCAGCUCCUAGUCCGAAACCACAGCUUCUAGGAUCGGAAACUACUAUUUUAACUAUAACGCCUGCUAAUGUUCCAUUCUCGGUCCCGAAAACACCGAACGAAAAAGCAAUGCCCAUAGCAACUAGCAAUACAAAAGCCGUUUUAACCCCAGAAUCAAAGACUAAGCUGGAAAGGGCUCUAAACGGUCCACUUAAAAAGGGUCAACCUGUACAAAACCUGCAGAUACAUAAGCCUGAGGUCCCUAUUAAACCACAACCAGUUCAAGCAAAGAAUCCACCCAAGCUUCAGCAAACUCCAGAUUUAAAGAACCCACCACAGCCAGAAAAAUUGGAGCUCCAAGGCGAAGUUAAGGUGCGACAGAUUGAAUCAAUAAAUCCACCUAAAACUCAACCUCAAGAGCCUCAUAUUUCACCAAAAAAGCAGCAGCCAUCUAAAAAUGAACACCAAGAGCCUCGGAUUGCUCCGAAUCUGCAUCAGGAAUCCAAAAAUCAACACCAAGAGCCCCAGGUUGCUCCGAAACUGCAGCAGCCACCUACCGUGAGCCAAGAGCCUCAGGUUACUCCUAAGCAGCCAUCUAAAACUCAAAAUAAAGAGCCUAAGAGCCUAGAACUAACUAACAAUCAACAUCGAGAGCAUCAUAGUCCUCCGCCACAACAGCAGCCAUCUACAAAUCAGCAGCAAGAGCCCCAUAGUCCUCCGAAACCACAAAAGCCAUUUAAUAAUCAACAUCAAGAGCCUAUUAUUCCUCCGAAAGCGCAGCUGCCAUCUCAAAAUCAACAUGAAGAGCCUCAUAGUCCUCCGAAAUCGCAGCAGCCAUCUAAAAACCAUCAUCAAGAUCUUCAUAGUCCUCCGAAACAGCAGCAGCCUGAAAAGAAGACUCCACCUAAGCCCAAACCUCCGGAGCGCAAAGAGCCGCCCAAGCUCCAGCCACCGGAAAUCAAGAGACUGUCUAAAGGUGGUCAUCUGGGACCCAAACUGCAGCGAUCCAAGUCUUUUGUGGGCUCUCCAGAAGUUUCACUGAUUCCCUGUGAACGCCGUCACUCCGUGGCUAUAAUGGCCAAAGAAGUGGACGUUAUCGAGCAGCCGUGUGCCCCCAUUGAAACAAUCACCAUCGAAGACGACGAAAGCGAGGAAGAACCGGUUCAGCCUAUUCCUCAGCCGAUUAAGAAGCCCAUUGUGCUACCUAUUCUUCCAGCUGGAAUAACCAUAUCCACUACCCGACGAUCAUCAGGUCCCGCCGCGAAAGCCCCAAUAUCGUCUAGAAAGAGCUCAUCAUCUAGCUCUAACAGCGAUGUGGUGGAGGUUCCCAUGGGUAUGAGCAAAUUGAAACAGGAGUUGAGCUUGCUGCCGGGAAUCAGUAUUGUGAAAGCUGAAUCCUUGCCAGUGACCAAGGAAGACUUUGAGCGCUCUCUGCGCUGCGAUGAACAAGUGCCAAGUACGCCGCCUUCCUCCUCUUCCAGCGCAUCAGUAGCCUCGGACCUACUAACCCCACCGAAAUCGGUUGAGCCCGUGGCACCACAGAGGGCCACUAAGAAUGGUGAUAUCCACAUCAAAGAGGCGUCACCUUUGCCUGGCUCUCGAGCUAAUGCGCUGAAGAAAAGCAUGCACCAAAAUCUUUCAAUGCUGCAGUGGCGCGGCCAACAGCCGGCAAAUCUGCAAAACUCAUCGUUACGGUUCGAGCUGAACCGCUUCAACCUGUUGCAGCUAAACGAACGCUGCGAGCCCCGUCGAGGACCGGCAAACUAUUUCGAUCGGGCGCUAUACGAUCGCGCGAGUCGCAGACCUUCGGGUAGUGCUCAUCCACUGCUCUACCUGUGCCAGCGAUGCAACUGCCACGGACCCGCCGCCGACUUUCUGGCUCCCCAUUUUUGCUCCUUAAAUUGUGUCCGCCGAGGCCAAAAGCGUCGUCUCCCGCCAAGCAGCCAAACAGAGAGCAAGAUUAGUCGCACCCAGCCGGAGCCUGCUCCUUCGGCCUCAUUCAGAAAAGCCCCGUCAAAUAACAAAGCCAUUGCCAAGACCCUCGAGCAGCCAAACCGAAUGAAAGAGAAGGGUAAAAAGCCAUUCCGCUGGAGCGAAUAUUUAAAGUCCAAGGGUAAGGAUGUGGCUGCGCCCAUCCACUUGUUCCUUAAUCCGUUCCCCAUCACACCGAACUGCUUCGAGCGCGGAAUGAAACUGGAGGCAAUCGAUCCAGAGAACUGUUCGCUAUUUUGUGUGUGCACUAUUGCCGAGAUCCGUGGCUAUCGGCUGAGACUUAGCUUCGAUGGCUACUCUUCCAUGUACGACUUCUGGGUGAACGCGGAUUCGCAGGACAUCUUCCCGCCAGGCUGGUGCGAAGAGACGAACCGUGUGCUACAAGCACCCAAGGGGUACUGCUCGGAACGCUUCAGCUGGAACCGCUACUUGGUGAAAACCGGCGUGAAAGCAGCUCCGCGAUCGCUCUUCACCCACUUGAACAUAUCUCCGCAGGCGGGUGUUCGCAACGGAUUCGUAGUGGGCAUGCAUCUGGAAGCGGAGGAUCUUAACGAUACAGGAAAGAUUUGCGUGGCCACCAUAGCGGACACCCUGGACGAGCGCAUUCGCGUCCACUUUGACGGUUGGGAUGACUGCUACGAUUUGUGGGUGCAUAUCAGCUCGCCCUACAUCCAUCCUUGCGGCUGGCACGAGGGUCGCCAACAGUUGAUUGUGCCGCCCGACUACCAGAAGUCGGUCUUCAGUUGGCCCGACUAUAUAGCCGAUGUUGGGGGCAUUGCGGCCCCGAAGCAUCUGUUUACGCCGAGGCAGCCAAUGGAGUUUCACGGCCGAAUGAAGCUGGAAGUGGUUGACCAACGUAAUCCCUGUCUCAUCCGUCCCGCAACAGUGGUUACGCGGAAGGGCUACCGGGUGCAGAUCCACUUUGACUGCUGGCCGUCAGAGUACUUUUUCUGGCUCGAGGACGAUAGCCCGGACUUGCAUCCGAUUGGAUGGUGCGAGGCCACCUCGCAUGACUUGGAAACUCCGCCGGGCUUCCUCCAAAGCAAACCGGUGAUGCCCUGCGACACGGAGGGAUGUCGAGGCUUCGGAAACGCAAAGCGCUUCAAUCUCAACGUUCACGCCCUUCAGGAUUGUUGUCCGUAUUUACCAGAGAACUGGCGUCAGUGGCGCUCCAAGACAGUGAAGCCUGCUCGCAUUGCGCCGGAGAGCAUCUGGCGCGGACCUGAGAGGAAAUUCAAGAGAGCAAGUACCGACCAGGACCGAGUAGAUAACCACAAGAGGUUCAAACCUGAGGUCUUGCCACCCAAAGCUACUAAAACGGAAAACAAACCGGAAGUCAAGCAGAAGGUGUCCCGCCGUAAACCGAAGCAUGUGCCGAAGCAAGAAAAGGAGCAACACAAGGAUCAACCGCCAAAGAAGAACGAACCAGUUCCUCAGUCUCUGGCCUUGGCCAUCCCCAUUGUUAAAGACUAUGGGCCCCAAUACGUCCAAAACUAUCGACUGUGGCAACGGAAUAGUGCCUUUGAUUUGAAUGAGGUGCGGAGCAACCCCCUCAACUGGACGAAAUGGGAUGUUUUUGAGUAUAUAGAGCAAUCCCUGGAAUCCGAGGAGAUUGCCAAGACUAUUUUCGACGAGGACAUAGAUGGUAGAGCGCUGCUGAUGAUCGGGCGACAAGAGCUAGAAAAGUACCUGAAGCUCAAGAUGGGUCCAGCCGUGAAGCUCUUUUCUCUGAUCGUCAAUCUGCGCAUUGCGGUGGUUUGCAAGUUCGAGACGACAACCACGGGCCUGGGAAUCUACUCCGCCUCUAAGAAAAUGAAAUCGAAAACGAAAACAGAGAAACUGGAUGCUCCUGUUUCUGCCAAAGAGAAAGUGAACGGUUUUAAACUGGAACGCGUGGAUGAUGAUGCGGAUGCCUCCGAUGACGAGGAUGUUGUGCUGGACAGCGAAGACUUUCUCAGCGUAGAGGCCUGCCAUAUGGAGGAAAACGACGAGGACAUGGAUGGGGACGUUGAUGCAGAUCCGGAUUGUGUUAUGGUCCCGCUGGAGACGCGUAGACCGAUGGCAGCGUCCUAGGACUGUAGACCCACACGUUUCCGUUGAUUGAUUCAUAAGAUACUUUGUUGCACUGGCCUCGGCCCGUUUGGGUAUUAUUUAAUGGAUAGUAAAUAAUUUAUAAGUCGAUUUAAACUACCAUGUUUGUUUGCCCCCCUACUCUCCAAUAAAGGAUUCCCUUAGCUCUGUAA